CAGUACAAGUUGUCAUCCAUGAAUAUUCAAGGUACACUUUAUUAACCAUGAAUACAAGGAAAUAUGAUUGCCUCUAGGGUAUAUUUCCAACACCAUGCUUGAUGGCUUUGUGUAUCAGCAUUUGGAUAAAAAGUUGUAGCAUCAGUCGUUUAUUGAUGGCAUAAUAGAUUCCGAAAGAUAAUGAGGACUCUGUAGAGUACUGGAAGGAGUUGGCUGGAGAUAUCACGCUCCAACGAAAUCCCACCAUCUGGUCGGAAAGCCAGUAUGCAGUCCAGCAAAUAGUCCUGUUUGGCAAUGUCUUUGUCUAGCUUACUACACUAGUGUUGGGUUUCCUGUGUGGUUAAAUCAUUUUUCAAGAUUUCUAACGAACAUUCAGUUGUAGUGACUGCUCUUCAUUUUGAUGACAGCACUUUGAUAUCUCAAACAAGUGUGUCCAUGAUUGAUGUCAAUCUUAGAACGUGGACCUUAGAGAGUGUUUUCAUAGUCCUGCCAGUUAAGCUUGUCAGCCUGUAGUGGAUGACCUCAUCUGCCCUUUAUUCCUUUUUGUGUGGUGUGAGAUAUGUUUGCAGUGGUGAGCUAUUUGGCGCUGCUGUUUUGGGGUUGGAGAAAAUGUAUACGACCACCAUUGUAUUAUUUUAUUUGUAACUGAACAAGAUUAAAACUAUAAUCAUCUGUGUAAUCAAAUGGAUUGAUUAUUACUCUACAGUAUCUUUAAGAUGGAUGACAACUCACAACAUUCCUUGUGUGAAUGGUACAUUUAAGUAUUACGUGUAAUAGAUAAUGCUAUCUUGUUAGGUUCUGUCCCCUGUGUCUCGUAUUUAAGUAAUUUGAAAUUGUGUACGGUUAUUUUGUCUUGGUAUGGUUGCGAUUUUAUUAUUCACAAGUAUUUAAAACCACUUUCAGAGAAUUAGUUGAAAUGGCAAGCACGGCAUGCUUUGUGAUUGUUAGUAAGAAUGACAUCCCAAUCUAUGAGGCUGAAGUUGGAUCUGCUCCAAAAAAAGAAGAUUUAGCUUAUCAGCAUCAGUUCAUUUUGCAUGCUGCAUUGGAUGUUGUUCAGGACCUUGCAUGGACUACCAAUGCAAUGUUUCUGAGGUCGGUUGAUAGAUUCAAUGACCUUGUUGUGUCUGUUUAUGUAACUGCUGGUCAUACUAGAUUUAUGUUGCUUCAUGACUCACGGAGUGAUGAUGGAAUAAAAAGUUUCUUUCAGGAGGUUCAUGACCUUUACAUCAAGAUAUUCCUCAAUCCACUCUACUUGCCCGGUUCUCGGAUAACGUCCUCCCAUUUUGAUACCAAGGUCAGGGCUCUUGCAAGGAAAUACCUGUAGCAUACACACUCCAGUAGAAGAUCCUGUUUGGCAGCACCUUUUUCUUUUUUCCCCCCAUGCCUAAUCUUGUUAGUAAAUGACUGAAAUAUUCUGAAAUUCACUGUUCUCCUAUACCGAAACAAUGUUGCUCAAGCCA